AUGAUACAUGGAAAGUUACCCCAUACUCAUGAUAGUUGGAAGGAUAGUAACAUUAGCCCAUCAGUAAUAGAAUCCGAACAGCACCGCCGAAAAAUCAGAACUUCGUUUACAAAGACGGAAGAUGAAUUGCUUAGAAACCUUGUUAAUAAGUAUGGCGAUUAUGAUUGGAAUACGAUCGCCGGACUUAUUCCAGGUAAAUCCCCAAGGCAAUGCAGAGAUAGAUUCCGAAAUUACCUAUCACCAGAACUCGUUAAUAGUGUAUGGACCAAAGAAGAAGACAAAGAACUAAUCAUGCAGUAUUCAAUCCACGGUCCAAAAUGGGCACUUUUAGUACAAUAUUUUCCGAAAAGAUCUACUGCUAAUAUUAAGAACCGUUUUGCUACACUAUUUAGGAGUACUGCUAAGAAGGUUCAAAUGAUUGUUCGAAAGAAUGAACUAAUUCAGAAAAUAGACGAAAGUGUAAGGAAUUCUAUUCCGUCCUCACUGAACACUACACAAGAUAAAGCGAAGGAUGUAAAUGAGAUCAAUGCUGAAGAAUUAAUGUCUGAUGGAUACGAUAGCAUUAAUCAGAUGACAGAUUAUGAUCCAUUUGAUAUGAACGUAUUUGAUAUUUAA